GUUGCUGUGUCAGUGACAUUUUGUUUCUCUCCAAAUACUAUAUAUAAAGAAAGCCCAAAUAGGCGGAGAAGACCAUAGGGAGAAUAGAGAAAGCCUAGGAUGAUGCAUAUGUCAGGAUUUGCAUGACGACAUUAAACUAGUGCAUAGAAGAUAUCGUUGCAAAGUAGCAAACAUCGCCACCAGCCAGCCAGCCAGCAAGCAGAGAAAAAGAGAAAGAAGAGUACGGAGAAGAAGAGGGAAAGAGACCAGAGACAAAUCAGAAAUGCAUCAGGUGUACAGUGGCAUAUCAAACUGAUCGAUCCCCGGCAUUGUCUGCCCCACAACACACUUAAUAAACGUUACCAGCUAGUACGUGUACCAACAAAAUAUAUAUAGAAACAAUCACGCUAGCUACACACCAAGGGAAGGAAAAGAGGUGGAGGGUGAAGUGAAUUAAUGAAAAUAUAUCUCUAAAUUGACAGGAAACGCCUGAUUCUGGAGGAGUCUUCUGUCGCUUUUUGCCUCCUCAUAUUUAUUCACCCAUCUCUCUCUUUCUCUUAUUUAAACCUAGCUUACUUUGUAUUUCCUUUUUGUGUGUUCCUUAUUUUCUUCUUCUCUUUAUUCACAUUGUUUUGAGAACUAGAGAGAGAUGGGUGGUGUGGGCGGAAAAGGGAAAGGAUUAAGAACUAAUAAGGUGGCUGCUCAGAACAGAAAACAUAUGGACUAUGCUUUGCCUUCCAACUUCAGCCAAGGUGGGAAAGACGAGCUAUACACAGAACAUUGGCGUGCAUGCGCGGGUCCACUUGAUUAUGUUCCACGUGCUGGGGACAAAGUUUACUAUUUUCUGCAAGGUCACAUUGAACAGGUUGAGGCAUACAUGGGCGAAGAUGGUAAAAUGGAAAUGCCCAUUUACAAUGUCCCUCCCAAGAUUCUCUGUGAAGUUGUCCAUGUUCAACUGAAGGCUGAAACUGGUACAGAUGAGGUGUUUGCUCAAAUUACUUUGCUUCCGAAGCCAGAGGAAGAUGAGCCAAGCUUGGAAGAUGCAACUUCUCUGCCUUCACCGUCAAAAGUUAAUGUGUGCUCCUUUAGCAAGAAACUCACUCCCUCUGACACCAGCACACAUGGUGGAUUCUCUGUUCCAAAGCAAUCUGCUGAUGAGUGCCUUCCACCCUUGGACAUGAGUAAGGACCCCCCAGCACAGGAACUGGUUGCAAAGGACCUUCAUGGGCAUGAAUGGCACUUUCGGCAUAUAUACCGUGGUCAGCCAAAGCGACAUUUGCUUACCAGUGGUUGGAGUAUGUUUGUGGCCUCAAAGAAGCUUGUCACUGGAGAUGCAUGCAUCUUCCUUAGAGGUGAAAAUGGGGAACUUCGUGUCGGUGUUCGCCGCAAACAACGGAACAGUAUGCUAACGUCAGUCAUAUCAGGCCCUUGUAUGCAGCAUGGGAUACUUGCCAGUGCUUUUCAUGCAAUUUGUACUGGGACGAUGUUUACUGUCUACUACCGUCCUUGGUCAAGCCCUGCUGAAUUCAUUGUACCUUUUGAUCGAUACUGGAGGUCUGUUCAAAUGAACUAUUCUGUUGUGACAAGAUUUGGAAUGACAAUUGAAGAUGAAGAAUGUGCAGAAAAGAGAAUUUUUGGCACUGUUGUUGGCAUUGGAGAUAUUGAUCAAAUUAGGUGGCCUAAUUCUGAAUGGAGGUGUCUCAAGGUAAUAUGGGAUGUCAAAUCAGAUAUAUUAGCCUGGCCAGAAAGGGUUUCACCUUGGAACAUUCAGCCGAUGAUAGAAAGCACUAACAGGAAGCCUGCCUCUGUUCCAUCCCGCAUAAAGAGGUUGCGUUCUACUGAAGCAACAUCACCUGGAUUCGUUUCCUUUCUUAGUAAUGGGGUCUCGCAAGGUCAAGAAAACAGGGUCACAGGUGUUAUGCAACUGGGUGCACUAAAACCACCAUUGUUAACAUAUUUUGAUCCCCCACCAAAUCUAAAUUGGGUUCACAUGCUCAUGCAAUUAGGGCCAGAGAAUAAGCUGCAAAGUCCGAUGCUUUAUCCAUUUUAUGGGCGUCCCAACAGUGCAGAGUCGAGUCCCGGUGGAAGAAUAGUAAGUUCGGGUCUUCCUAAUCAUCGGCCUGCAAUGUUCGCACCUCAUGGAGCUCAUGACAGUGCCAUGUUAAGCAAAAACCUGUCAGUUCCUGAUGUCAACUCUCUUAACUCCGACUCUCAGGAUAGGGCUUUGGAACUAAAGGAUGAAAAUAGAACCCCACUUGCCCAACCAAAUGGUAGCGGCAGAUACAUGCUUUUUGGAGUCAAUUUAUUCAAUAGUUCACUGGAGCUCCCUUCACCACAAGUUGCCGAUUCCUCUGAGCUUGAAAGUCAUGGUUCUAUCCCUCCGACGUCUCAGUCAAGUGUUUCUGAAACUGCCCAGGUUUCAGACCUAUCUAAGAGUGUAUUUGGCUACCCUUCAGAAAUGCAAUGCAAGAAUUGCUCUUCUUUCAGGAGUUGCACCAAAUUACAGGUUCUCAAGUAUGGAACUGAAGUUGGAAGAUCAGUAGAUCUCACCCAAUAUGAUGGGUAUGAGGAACUCCUUCGUGAGCUUGACAGGAAGUUUGAUUUCAAGGGAAGUCUGAUUGAUGGAAGCAGCGGGUGGCAUGUUACCUACAUGGAUCAUGAAGGGGACAUGAUGGUUGCUGGAGAUUACCCAUGGCAGGAAUUUCUGUGUGCGGUACGACGAAUAUUGAUAUGCCCGAAGGAAGACAUCGAGAAGCCGAAUGCAAGCUCACCAAAUCCAUCACCUCCUUCAUAGCAAUUGAGGUCAAUUGCGCACAUUUGCAUGUAUCAGUGAAUUUUAUAUGAACCUAAAAUUCUGAUGCAUAUUUGGUGUGUGCUUAGGAGGCAAUUGUGUGCAAGUUUUAAUAGGUCAAAACAGUUAGUGUGCUUGAUGUCCUAUCAGACAACUAAAUAAACAUGUUUCUUUCAAUAAACUGACCCUUAUAUUUGGGUGUUUAUCUCA